AUGGUGGCCGGCUCCAGGUCGUCGUUGAGGCGUCCUACACUACGAGGCCACAAAUCAUCCAGGUCCAACAGUCCCGUCAACAACGAACCACCACCUCUCCUCCCAAAAUCCGGCAAUGAAGGCAUAGCACUCAGAUCUAAACGGCUUCGAGCUGCUACUAUCACCACGCCCGAGCAUGACCUGAAGAGACGCCGGUUGUCGACAACCAAGAGCGAUAUACCACAAUUACGUAUCCCGCUACGCAGUCGAGGGGGUUUACCUAAAGCCCUCUCACCACCUCCCGCCACCACCACCCCGAGUGUGGUGCACCCCAAGCCUGCUACCAAUGCAAAUACCGCACAUAUCAACCUCGCACCCAUCGACUUGCCUGCAUCACCAGGCGAAAAGUCACAAUAUGAUCAGAUCAGAAUUAUUGAAGAGAAGGCGAGAGCCGCAAUUCGAGGAGGCGGUCAAUCCACAAACCACGAAGACCGGCGAAAAUUACGCUCAGAGGAUGGAGGGUCUCGGGCUAAAACGGAGCUUGCGCAGUAUUUCCCUGACUUUGAGGAGAUGCUGAGUUUGAAGCCGCCCGAUCCAGAAGCAUUGACUGUUAGGACGAGGGUCGUCCUAGUUGACGAUACGCCUGACUUCGAGCCGCAUCCCUCCAAGUCCGACCCCUUUGGAGCGCAUAAGCCGCUGCAUAACACACAAAUAAUCCGCCUGGGCCUACCGGACGGCACUGGCCACCCUCGCCCAGCCGACCCUCUGGGCGAGGAUGUGUACAUCAAGAUCCAUGCAAAGGCUGAAAGGCACGAGAAACAGAUGAAGAACAGUGACAGAGAACGAGCCCAGCAUGAAAAGUACCAACUGGAAAAGCUCCUUGAUGACCUGCGGGGACCGGACUGGUUGAAGACUCUUGGAAUAAGCGGCAUCACUGACACAGAGAAGAAGCGAUACGAGCCUAAACGACUGCUGUUUAUCCGAGAAACUCAAGCUCUGAUUGACAAGUUUAAAAGAUGGAAGGAAGAAGAGAAACGCAGAAAGCUGGAGCGAGAGCAGGAGAUGCUGGAAGCGGCCGUACUGGAAGGCGAGGAAGAACAGGAUGAAGGCGAAGACGCGGAUAACGAGGGCUCAAACAGCGCUUCAGGCGUUGAGGAAGGAAGCCUCGAUAGUGCCUCGACCCAUGCCCCGAAUUCUAGUGAGCUCGACGCGCUUGCGUCGCAACAACUGAUCGAGGAGGCCAAGAUUGCCAGCAAACGCAGAAAGCCGACACCCGCACAAUGGGUCGAGCUUUUGCCGCCUAAGCCGUUCACUUCCUUCUUUAACAAAAGACACCUCCGAGAUGCUGCGGUUGCAGGCCGUCAGAGGGGGCGAACUCUUCUUGCUUUCGGAAGUCCCAUCCCUGACUUUUCAGAGGAAGAAUUUGAGCUGCCGUACGAUAUUCUUACGGACGAAGCGAUCAAAGCAAGGCAUCGGUCUCACAGGCGACUGAGGAGAGGUGCCACUUGA